AUGACGUUGGACGCCAUGUGCGCGGCCACCGACGUCCUCGUCUACAACACCUUCAACGCCGCCGCUGCCAGCAGCUUCCACUUCGGCAAUGCCGGCGGCGCCAGCACGGAGGGCGCCGCCAGCUGGAUGGCUGGGUCUGCGAUGGUGGCGCCGCCGGUGUCCGUGGCAAUGCCGGCGGAAGAAGAGGGGGACAAGGUGCAGGCGGGGAGGAGGAAGCGCCGGCGGCGGGCGAAGGUGUGCAGGAACCGCGAGGACGCCGAGAGCCAGCGGAUGACGCACAUCGCCGUCGAGCGCAACCGCCGCCGCCAGAUGAACGACUACCUCGCCGAGCUCCGGUCCCUCAUGCCGGAGUCCUACGCCCACCGGGGCGACCAGGCAUCCAUUGUCGGCGGCGCCAUCGAUUUCGUCAAGGAGCUCGAGCAGCUGCUGCAAUCCCUCGAGGCGCAGAAGUGCACUCUGCUAGGGCAGAAACAACAGCAGCAGCAGCACCUGCUCGUUCCUGACCCAAUGCCAGCACCGAGCAACGCCGUCAUGGCAGCCGCGGCGACGACGAGCAGCGGCAGCGGCGCGGGCGAGGAGACACCGGCGCCGGCGGCAACGCACGACACGACAGGCACGCCGUUCGCGGGGUUCUUCACGUACCCGCAGUACGUGUGGCGCCUUCCGGCGCGGGACGGCGCGGACGACAACCGCGCCGGGUUGGCGGACGUCGAGGUGACCCUGGUGGAGACGCACGCCAGCGUGCGGGUGAUGGCGCCGCGGCUGCCGGGGCAGCUGCUCAGGAUGGUCGCCGGGAUGGAGCGGCUUAGGCUCGCCGUACUGCACCUCAACGUCACCACGCUCGGCUCACUCGCGCUCUACUCCCUCAGUGUCAAGGUGGAGGAAGGGUGCGGCCUAGCGACGGCGGAUGACAUCGCGGCGGCAGUGCACCAGUUGCUCUGCUUCAUUGAUGCCGAGACGACGUCGCGGCGGCUGCUCGAGCUCGACGGUGGCCGGCCGGACCUUCAAAGUUAG